GAAUGGAGUUCAUAUUUAUUUUUUUUUUUGCUCGCAAUGUUGGAAUAUUUGGCUACCCUAAUUCGAGCGCUACAAUGAAACAUGCGAAAAUGCCAGUUUCGCAGAUUUGCCUUGAAUCCUUAAUUUCAUCUUAGUUAGCAAAUUAUUGACGAAGAAUCAGGCCAGCCAUUCUCAACUCUGGGGUUGUUCUAGAUUCCUCCUCUUUCAUAUACGUUCCGCAGUUAACGAACUGUUUGCUUGGGAUUGAUUGAUUUACGACCAUGCCUCUGGGUCGCGCUCUAUCCAUCGCCAUUUCCAGGGAUUCAUUGUUUGGAUUAAUUUCUUUGAUCAGAAAUGUACCACAUCUAUCUUUAUUGAACAUACCCACAUCAUUUGGGCAGUCCUCAUAUGGAAGUUGUGAGCAUCAAAUAAGUAGUUGUACAGCGAAGUCUCUCCAGGAAUCAGCAUCUAUACCCUAUCCGCCUGGCUUCUAUUUUGCUAGGAGAUAUAGUAUGUGCGAGAGCUUUGGUGGGUUUAAAAAAUGGCAAUCUGUUAGGUAUUUUAGCAAUGCAGCUGUGGAGCUGAAGACAGACAGCGAUACUGUCAGGUUUUCUUUUGGUGGGUCUUCUAAUAAUAACGGUUCACCACGGAAACAAAAGGUGGCAAAAACCAAAUUGUCUAAGAAGGCCAAAGUGAAUGAACUCAGACUUUAUCGUCUUAAGGCGAAAAAAAAGAAGACAUCUCCCAAUCCAGAAGUUAGGAUCAGAUAUUCCCUUGAAAAGGCCAAAAGGAAAGAAGCAUGGCUAAUUGAGAAGUUGAGGAAAUUCGAGGUUCCAAAAUCUGUUGUAGAAAAGUAUGAUCCUGAAGUUCUUACUGAGGAAGAGAAGCACUACUUGAAGCGUAUAGGAGAGAAAAAGAAGAACUUUGUUCUGUUGGGGAGGCGAGGAGUCUUUGGUGGAGUUGUUCUCAAUAUGCAUCUGCAUUGGAAGAAGCAUGAAACUGUUAAAGUUAUUUGCAAGCCUUGCAAGCCUGGGCAGGUUCAUGAAUUUGCAGAAGAACUUGCUAGAUUGAGCAAAGGCAUUGUGAUUGAUAUUAAACCCAACAACAGCAUAAUUUUUUAUCGGGGAAAGAACUAUGUGCAGCCCGAAGUAAUGUCACCUCCAGAUACGCUAUCAAAAGACAAGGCCUUGGAAAAAAGUAAGUAUGAACAAUCACUUGAACAUACAAGUCAGUUCAUUGAAAAGUUGGAGAAAGAACUUGAAGAUUUUCAGAAGCAUCUUGCUCAGUUCAAGAGGAAAAAGGAAGAGGCUGCUGCAGAUCCAUGGUUAACUCAUGACCGGAAAUCAAGCUCGAGAGAUCACUAGGACGUUUCAGGUGAAAUUUGGGCCAAAAUGGAGCACUUAGGGGUAUAUUGGAACAACCGGGCUAAAAAAGGUGCAAAAUGACCAAAUUACCCCUAAAGAAGAGCGUUAAUGCUAAGCAACAUUGCAAGGCAGCAGCGUGGCAUUGCAACGCCGCCGCAGUGUUGUAACAUUGUCGAGGAGAAAGGAUGCCUAGCAUUGCUCAAUGCUGCAGCGCACUGGGUGUUGAUGCUUGUAGUGUCCCAAUUAUGCGAAGCUUUCACAAUUUCAUUUCUAGGUGUGGAGAGGUUCCAUCCUGAUUUUGAUGUCACUCUUAUGCAUACCUUUCUUUAGUUUUUAGCUUAAGAGUUUGAUUUUUUUUUAAAAUUUUUUAAUUUAAUUUAAUUUAAUUGCAUUAAAUGCUGAUGGGUCUUGGCGACAUCGUCCCAACGAGAAGCUAGGUUUGUUUUUCUAGUUUAAGGGUCGGUAUUUCGGUUGUAAAUUGUGAGGAUUGCACACCCAUUUAUAUACAUAGCUUCAUUCAAACA